CACUUAAUUAAGCUCGAAGAUACUACUUGUCAAUUAUUUUUGAAUAUAUGUUAUCCACAAUCAGCGACAACUGUCUCUAUCGAUUCUGCUAUUAAAGAAGUAGCUCGUGAUUAUCUCACUAUUCAAUCAACUAAUAUUUCCUGUAAAAAGGCAUUUUCAGAGAAAGAUGAUUAUAUAUUGGUCUUAAAUAGUCGCCUUCCUGCAGAGAUUGUAAGGGAGCAACUGUAUGUUAAGAGCUGA